AUGAAGACAUUUAUUAUUGUUAUUGUUAUUUGCCUCGUAUUUUCAUAUGCAUCAGCACAAGGUUGCAGUGCUAACGUAUGCGAUUUAGGUCCUUAUUUCAGUGAGACAAAUGGUUAUCGUUGUCUCGAUUUGGGUGGCAGUAAUGUUGUAUGUACAUGUCCUGGUGGUGCAUACGAGAUUAAUCAACCUUGUCGUCUUUGUAACCGACAAAACCCUGCAAACAAUAUCUGCCGAAAUACCAAUGGAAAGCUACUAGCAUGUCUUGAAACUAAUGACUGUGGGACAUCCUAUGCAUGUCUGUGCACAGCUAACACCACAGACGGUACAGCACUAACAACAGAUGGUGAUUGUGACACAACUCAUCCAUUGACAUGCUCGUCAAUAACAAAUCCUUCAACUCCAUCACCAUGUUUGAAUGGUGGUGUUUCUACCGGUGGUAUUUGUCAUUGUCCAUCUGGUUAUAGCGGAGCAAUCUGUCAAGACAAAAAUGAUUAUAACUUAUGUGAAAAAGUUCGAUGUAAAAAUAACGGUGUUUAUGCUAUUCAAAAUCCAAAUGGACCAUAUGAAUGUGUUUGUCGUUGUCAAUAUGGUACCUGGGGAGAUUAUUGUGAAUUAAAUGGUACUUUGGGUUUUUGUUCGGCAAGCUCAUGUUUCAAUGGAGGAGCUUGUAGAGAAAAUGUUAUUGGUUCAACACGUUUUGCUUAUUGUCAAUGUGCACCAGGUUAUAGGGGUGCUAAAUGCGAAACUAAUUAUUUUUCUUGUCCCACAGCUGGUAGUUUUCUUGAUACUGAUAUGCAUGAACAAGGAAAAUAUUUUGAUUGUAAAAUAGUAUCUGGAUCAUUCCGCAUCGAACGAAAAUCAUGUCCCAAAGGACUUCGUUUCAAUACAACUUCACAAUUUUGCAUGUAUUAA